UGCUCUUCGUGCUUCGCCGUUAGUCGGUGUUGAGUCUGGGCCCUGCCUCCCUGAGGUGCACACGUCUGGAGGCUGCGGAGCUGCCCUGAGGAGCGGCCAUAGGCGCGUCUCGGUUCACAUCCGUCUCUCUAGCAGUGGAAAUAGCCCAAUGCGGCUUGGCUUCAGGCUAGAAACAGGAUCAUUUUUUCUUUACCUUCGCUCAGCUCUCAGCCAGCAGCCUCCGCGCUGUGGAUCUCACAAUGGCGGGUCCGGAGCAGUCCCAGCAGCAGCAGCAGGUCGAGGAGAAGGCAGAGCCCAUAGAUGAUGCUGAGAUGGCCCUGCAAGGCAUCAACAUGCUCCUCAAUAACGGCUUCAAGGAGAGCGACGAGCUCUUCAGGAGAUACAGGACGCAGAGCCCUCUGAUGAGCUUCGGAGCCAGCUUUGUCAGUUUCCUGAAUGCGAUGAUGACGUUUGAGGAGGAGAAGAUGCAGACGGCGUGUGAUGACCUGAAGACCACAGAGAAACUGUGUGAGAGUGACAGUGCCGGAGUUAUCGAGACCAUCCGCAACAAGAUCAAGAAGAGUAUGGACUCCCAGAGGUCAGGUGUGGCUGUGGUGGAUCGGCUCCAGAGGCAGAUCAUUGUGGCGGACUGUCAGGUGUACCUUGCCGUGCUCUCCUUCGUCAAACAAGAACUGUCUGCCUACAUCAAAGGAGGCUGGAUCUUGCGCAAAGCCUGGAAAAUGUACAACAAGUGCCACAGCGACAUCUCCCAGCUCCAGGAGGCCUCCCAGCGCCGCUCCUCUGUCCCCCAAACGGAGUCCAUGAGCACGGACAACGACAACCACAGCCCCAGCCCGGAGUCCAGUCCAAACACCAGCCCCCAGCCCAAGGUCCCAGCGGAGACUGGGGUCACAGAUGAGGCCCUGGACCGUCUCAAAGGGUCUGUCAGUUUUGGAUAUGGCCUCUUUCACCUGUGCAUCUCUAUGGUCCCGCCUCACCUCCUGAAGAUCAUCAACCUGCUGGGGUUUCCUGGAGACAGGACACAGGGGCUGUCCUCCCUCAUGUACGCCAGCGAGAGCAAGGACAUGAAGGCACCGCUCGCUACGUUGGCCCUCUUGUGGUACCACACAGUAGUGCUGCCCUUUUUUGCUCUGGACGGCUCAGACACUCAUGCUGGGCUCCUCGAGGCCAAAGAGAUUCUUCAGAGAAAAUCUGUAGUUUAUCCAAACUCCUCUCUCUUCAUGUUUUUUAAGGGCAGAGUUCACCGGCUAGAGUGCCAAAUCAACAGUGCUUUAGCCUGUUUUCAUGAUGCAUUAGAGCUGGCCUCAGACCAAAGGGAGAUUCAGCACGUGUGUCUGUAUGAAAUUGGUUGGUGCAGCAUGAUAGAGCUCAACUUUGAGGAUGCUUACAGAGCGUUUGAGCGACUUAAGAAUGAAUCUCGCUGGUCCCAAUGCUACUACGCCUAUUUGACUGGAGUCUGUCAAGGAGCGUCUGGUGACCUGGAAGGAGCUCACGCUGUCUUCAAAGAUGUGCAGAAGCUUUUUAAAAGAAAAAACAAUCAGAUAGAGCAGUUUGCUGUUAAAAGGGCUGAGAAAUUAAGAAAAAUGUCCCCCACGAGAGAGCUGUGCAUCCUGGGAGUUAUCGAGGUGCUGUAUCUGUGGAAGGCCCUGCAGAACUGUUCCCCAUCCAAACUUCAGAUCAUGAACCAGGUGUUGCAACGAGUAGAUGACACAUCCUGUAGAGGCCUGAAACAUCUGCUGCUGGGCUCCAUUCAUAAAUGUCACGGGAACAUCAGAGAUGCAGUUCAGUCAUUUCAGUUGGCUGCUAGAGACGAGUACGGACGCCAGAUUAACUCCUAUGUUCAGCCUUAUUCUGUCUAUGAGCUGGGCUGUAUACUACUGGGAAAAGCAGAGACUGUUGGAAAGGGGAGGUCUUUUCUUCUUCAAGCAAAGGAGGAUUUCACAGGCUACGACUUUGAAAACAGGCUUCACGUUCGCAUCCACUCAGCCCUGGCCUCCAUAAAGGACGUAGUGCCUCAGUGACCUCAGCAAAUCUACAAUAUGAAGGCUCAAGUUACUCGCAGCACACAAGCCAGUCACUCUUUCAUUUCAUUCACCCGUGUUUGCCCAUAGUAAAUCAGUUCAUACCUUCACACAAUGGAUCAGUUGAAACUAACGUGGAAAGAGUAGUUCUCCACCAAUGCAUUGCAGUUCAACCCUGGUUUUAAAUAGUGAUACAGAUGAGCAACAAAAAUGGAUCAUUUAUUUCAUGAAACUCAAGGCCUUACCUGAAGAAAAAAAAGUGUUGUUGACAGCAAAAAGCUUGAAUAUGCUUCUUCACACAUGCAUUACAGUAUUUAGUCCAUAGGUUGUGAAACAAAAAAAAGAGUGAGCUAAAAUCAAAUCCAAAUUUAUUGUUUGAUUGGGAAAGAGGGAAGGGGCUCAACCAUAUUUUAAUUUGACUAGGAAUAUUAUCUGCCCACUAGUAGCCACCAUUCAGUCUCUGACCAGUUGUAAAAAUAGUUUUUUUUUUUCAGAGAAUCAAACUUAGAGUUUAAUCGAAUGUUUUAUAAUAUUGCUUUUUGUAAGCACUACACUAGCUAGCUUUAACUUGUACAUUACAAGAAUUAGCUGUUAGUUAUCACAUUUUAGCUCAUUAGAAGGCAUCAGAUUACACAAUGCUGUAAGGUGAUAUUGAUUGGCCCACUCUACUUAUAUGGACAGGGCAUUAGUGACUUUACACUGUACCUGUGUCCAUUUCUUACUUCUUACUAAUCAUACCUUACUCACGUAUACAUUGACCCAUAUAGCCACAUGUUUUACUAUGCUUUUCAACUGUCACUUUUGAGACUUAUAGUUGUAUAGGCUAGACUGACAUAUCAAUUAAAACACAAUUAGACAAUAUUUACAACAUUUUGCACAAUUUAUAAUAACCUUUUUCAACAUUUAUUUAGAUGUACAUAUCAUUGUGUGCAGCGUAUUGGCUUUGAGCUCUGUAAGCAAUACAUUGACAGACCAUAAUUGCUCAUUAUUUGGAUGCACAUGUUUGAUUUUCCUUAAAGAAAAGACAUUGAUGGUCAUCCUCGUAGCUGGUUGUAAAUUGUACCUGUAAAGAUGGCUUAGCAGGGCUCAGUGUGUUGAAUUGUGAUGGUUUUUGUCAGUAAGCUGUGAUCUACCUGCUCUAUUGAACUGUUGUCAUUUUUUUGUUAUUAUUUUCCCCUCUGAAGCUUUGACUCUGUUACAUGUCAGGCUGAUGGUGUUUCAAUGUGCCACUGAUCUCUUCA